UGGAAAAGGGACUGUUCGGGUUGGCCGCCAAGUGUCUCCCGAGCUUGAUUCCUAUCAGCGACGCCGCAAGUCAACGUUACCGUCUUUAGCCUUAGUACUCGACAUUAAACAUCAACAUAACACGACGCAACGUCUUGCCAUGUCCGCCACCCAAACUUCUUACGCCGAUGCCGUCAAGGGAAUCUCACCCAAGGCUUCCCCUGAGCCGGUCUCUUCGCCUCGACCCGCUUCACCGACUACUAUCUCAUCGAAAGACACCCUCGGCUCCUCUACUACGGCUCCUCCUCCUGCCCCGAGCUAUGUCACUGAGACGGCUGCGAACGACAUUAUCACGGCCGAGAAAGCGACCCCCGUCAUCACGGCCGAGAAAGACGUUGAAGAAAGCGUCGUCGAGCGGAACCUUGCCGCCAACGAGCGAAACGUUGCCGCCGAUGAGCAUCACGCCAGCCCCCUUGCUCUUUCACUCCCCGAUACCCCGUUGAGCUUCAUCUCCGAGCUCAUUCCUGCCGAGGAAGACAUUAUCGUCGCUGCCACCGGGAAGCAAAAAAAGAAGCUCGGCCCAAAAGUAGUCGACGUCUAUCACGUCUAUCGGACCCGAAAGGAAGACGAGAUAGACGUCUAUCGGACCCAAAAGGAAGACGAAGUCGACUCUGUCACCUCCGCGCCGUUCCCGCCCGCGCCGUUCCUGCUCCCCUAUGCGGUCGAAAUCGAGCUCGGAUAUGAAUAUAUACGCAAGGAUAAGAACGCACGCAAGGCCCUGAGUCGGAUCAGCGAGGCGCUGGGAGGAUCGGACGUGGGAGGGAAUGGAUCGGAGGUGGGAGGGAAGGACGACGAUGUCAGUAACAAUAUCGGUAUCACGUUCGACCGGUCGUCCACGGUCGCCCUGUUCCGACAUGCAAGAGACGCCGAGCUGUUCUUGGCGCUCAGUGGACAAGUCUUCGAACCAUCGGAGGGAGAAUGGCACUACGUGCCCGGUAUGUCCGCGGAGGUCUUCCUCAAGAACGGCGUCACGUUCCAGUCGCAAUCGGGAUAUCGCGCCGUGUUCGAUCGAUUGCGGGGCUACGGGGAGAUUGUCCAGAUCAUCCGCAAGGCCGAAGAGGAUGAAGAGGACGACGAAGGACCCUCUUCGUACUCGUAUUCGUACUCGGUCUUCUUUCGUACCAAGGUCGCCUCUAGCGCUGCAUUGCGGGAACCGGAGUUGCGCAGAUGUCGGUACAAUGAAGGGGUCGCUCCCAAGAGGAAGCCCGUCGACGCAGUAGUACAGUUGGAAAAGAAACCCCGAAAGAAGAGGAAGAGUGGUCAAUCCCAGCACUCGGCCUACUCGACAGAUGUCACCACUAUUAUCGAUCUGGACGCCUCUGCCGAGUCGACCUCUCAGCCUUCUUUCACGAUCUAUGAGUGGUUGACGAUAUCGGCAAUUCAGUACGACGUCAGGCCGCUUUACGCGUGGGCUUGCCCGUUAAUUACUCCUUCUCCGGUGACCAAGAUCGACGAGCCGGAAUGGUCUUGGGAAGCUCUACAUCCGCCUCCUCCAUCUUGAAACAUUCGUGUUGUAGUAAUAAACUCUUGUACUCGUACGACUCUCCAGAUCGAAUGGGUAGCCCUAGCGAGCGAGUGAGCGAUCGGCCGAGCUGAAUCAUCUUUUCCCUCUCGACUCUCCUUCCCGACCUGGGCUGGGCGCUGGAUAUGAAUAGCUACAUAUAACGACAUAUAGCCAGGCA